AUGCCCAGUAGUUGCUGCUGUGUACCUGGAUGUCAUGAAAGAGGCGGGCAUCAGUUCCCGACCGAAAAAUCUAGGAGAGACAAGUGGAUUAUAGCAAUUAAACGCUUGGACGAACAUACGAGAAAGCUAUGGGAGCCUUCCAAGUCUGCCUUUGUAUGCAAAGGACAUUUUAAACCUGACGAUUACGUGACAGAAACAAUACAAGGACAGAAACCAUUACAUGGAAGAUUAAAGAGCUCUUCAGUCCCUAGUAUUUUCUGCUGGACAAAGUCAUCGGCGGCAUCAACUUCAAGAUUUUCUCGAGUAGAAGGCCGGGUGCAGAAAAAGAGAAAAUUUGAGGAAGCUUGUCAUGAUGACCUUGAGGACAGCAUUAAUGAAUCAAAUGUAGAUUUGUUGAAGAGAUUGUGUCAGCUUAUGAGUCAACAAGCAAUGAUACUAACAUUACAUCAUGUAGUCCAGAAUUUAGAGAAAUGCAGACACAAACACAAUCACAACCAUUAUUUUCAGUAG